ACUUUUUUGGUGUUUGUGUGGUGUGUGAAUCCACCGAUUUUGUCGUGAUUCCGUCGUAGAAUGUCAUGAUCCGCUCCUUACAUGGCUGCAAUGAUGACAGGAAUGGACUACGAGAAAUCGUUGUCGAAUAGUUGAGCUCCGGGAACCGGAUUAGUCGCUGUUUGAGGAUGACAUGGCCGGCGUGAAUUAAUUUGAAUACGAAGAAGAAACGGGUGGUCGACCAACGAGGGACAGACCAAAAAUGGAGGUUGUCAAUGAAUGGACAACGACCGACAUCGAGCUGAAGACGGAUACGGCCGCAGUUCUCGAAUGCCUUCAAAGAUCGAUGGCGGAUGAAGAGGAUGAUGACUUCAUCCUGUACAGUCAUCCCUCCAACAGUGAGCUAGUAUCGAGCCUUCCGCCGGUCUCUGAACUCAAAGCUGAUCUGUCUACCUAUUAUGCCGAUCGAGGCCGCGCCAACGAUAUCCCGUUCGAGGAACGGGCACCGGAUAUCUACGGGGCAUCUGGACAGUAUGAGAACUCGACCGCCUAUGGUUUCACCGCCGCCGCUUCGCAAUUCACAACGUUGACGAACGCUUCGAGCAAUAAUAACGCCGUCAGCGUCAGCAACAAUGUUGGGCUGCAGUCCCAGUCGAACGAAUCGGGCCCGCUCACCUAUCAGCCGCAGUAUUACGCGGAUCCUCCACCGUACAACAAUUAUCAGGGUUCGGGAGAUUGCUAUCGAGAUGCGUACACACCAUCGGGACGACAAUCGACAUCCUUCAUUCCCUCCGAUCUGCAGCAAGUCACCCCCACCAUUCAAGAUCUCGGGGCGUCGAUACCACCGACGCCUCAGACCCAGGUCCCAGUAUCCGUUGCUCCGAUUUCCAAUCUCGCCUCGUCAAGCAUCGCAUACUCGAACUCAAGAAACGUUUUCGCGCCCCAACAACGCCAGCAGCAGCAGCAGCAACAACGUCAGCAACAGCCGAACCUUCAAGAUAUCGGAGGCGGGCUCGGCAACUUCGUUGAGAAGCAGGUUCCUUCAGUGAACACCGCGAGUUAUAGCCAGCAAGAAAUGAGCAACCUGUGCGACACUGUUCGAGGUUGCUCCACGAUCCCUCCCACUCAGCAAACGUACUCGCAGACAAGCUAUCCGCAUCAGACGCAAGUCCAAGACAUCACCUACCAAUGCGGCACUUCUCGGAGCACCUUCGACGCUUAUCAAGAGUGUCAAUACAACACCUAUCAAAACAGUAAUUCGUACUGCUCUCAGGAUGCGACAAGCUCGAGCAUGCAAGCGGCAACGAGUGCUACGCAGAUGCUGCACGACGCGCUCGAAUACAUAGCGCCAGAAGUCGUGACGGAGCACCGAGAUAGUUUAUUCAAUCCCAUUUCGGCGUUGACGAACACACUCCUGGAGAAUAAUUUUGAUGUUCAGCCCGGUGACGGUUAUGGCUAUCGGUAUGAAGAGGGUGUUCAGGAGAGCGACGCACAAGGAGUCCCACGCCAGGAAACAAGAAAGAGAGACAUUCCCAAACUUCUAGAAAUUAUCAAAGUCUACCGAUGCAAGGCGUGCGGCUUCAGGAGCAGUGAUAAGCUCAAGGCUCUCCGUCAUGCGAUAGAGUCACACAGCCGACCGAAACUGAACCGCAAAGCCCGCUAUGCUUGCGGCUCUUGUCAUAAUCAUUAUGCCACGUUGGAAGCUUGUGGUAAACAUAUCGGCAAGAAACACUCGGGCUUGAAUACCGCGGUUCUGAAAGACGGCAAGCUGUUCAAAGAAGUCCUUGUGGAACCCAAACGACGAUCGAGAGUGAGACCGGAUGAGAGCUCAGCUCAAAAGAUUGCUUGGAAAAGAAAACUCAAACGAGAUCAAGGCCACCUUGUAUGUCAGUUCCGAGGCUGUGGUCAUAGGUUCCGGGCUGAAGACACUCACCGUUAUCAUCUACGAUGUCACUUGGCGCAUCCUUCGGAAGAGGAACGCUUUCGGUGCCCCCUUCCGAAUUGCAAACAGGGAUCGAAGCUGUGGCCAACGCUAGCAAAUCAUCUCUGGAACGCGCAUCACAUGGACAUUGAAUUGCAAUCUUGCAAUCGUUGUGAUUUCAAAACAUAUAGUCUUUCGAAUCUGGAGAAGGUCCACAAGCUCGUGCACAGCGAAGAGAAGCAGUUCGACUGUGAUGAGUGCCAGUCGAAAUUCCGUACGAUAAAACAGCUGAGAAAUCACCAGUACUACUCUCAUUCGGAGACGACGCAGACCGAAGAGUACCGCAAGUCUCGCAUGGCUUGCUGUCCGCAAUGUGGUCGAGAAAUCCUCAAAAAGAAUCUAGGAUCUCAUCUCAGGAAAGUGCAUCAACGCCAAAUUCCGGAGAAAUCCUGUCCUCACUGUGAUUUUAAAACGACAGUCGUAUCUCAGCUCAGAGCACACAUAAAGUUUCACAUUGGUGUACGUGCCAUGUUCUGUUGUGAGCAAUGCGGUUUCCUUACGGCGGAUCACAACGUGCAUCGGAAGCAUUUGGCGCAGCAUACGGGCGAGAAGCCAUACAAAUGCAGAUGGUGUUCUUACGCGUCCAUCCAAGCAUCGACGUACAAACAGCACGUGAAGAAAUUGCACCCGGAAAAGGCUGCAGAGCUCAUUCUGCGCUGCCCACGAUGUACAUUCGAGACCAUUAGUGAAGCUCGCCUCAAGCAGCACGAUGUGAAAUGUCUUCCUCCUGAUCGUUGA